AUGACCCCUACUCACCGUGUCACAGCUAGGCUCCAGGGCUCCGACUCCCAGUCGCCCCCACCACCUGUGUUUGCAGGAGCUUCUGGAACGUCAGACGUCUGGGCCCCGUCCCCGCCCGGCUUGGUCCGUGCCCCCAGCACUUCCGGGAGUCCCGGGCAGACCCGGCCACUCCUCCUGUGCCCCGUCCCCGCCCGCGGCCCUGUCCCUGCUGCACCUCCGGCCCCCAGGCCAGCUCCCCAGCAGCAGAGCCGGGCAGGAGAGCUUGGGCUGAGAGGCUCGUUAAAGCUCUGGAAGGAGCCGAGUGGGCUCUUGAGCAACAACAAGAUCACCGGGCUCCGCAACGGGUCCUUCUUGGGACUGUCCCUGUUGGAGAAGUUGGACCUGAGGAGCAACGUGAUCAGCACGGUGCAGCCCGGUGCCUUCCUGGGCCUGGGGGAGCUGAAGCGCUUAGAUCUCUCCAACAACCGGAUCGGCUGUCUCACCUCUGAGACCUUCCGAGGCCUCCCCAGGCUUCUCCGACUAAACAUAUCUGGAAACAUCUUCUCCAGUCUGCAACCUGGGGUCUUUGAUGAGCUGCCGGCACUUAAGGUUGUGGACUUUGGCACCGAGUUCCUGACCUGUGACUGCCACCUGCGCUGGCUGCUGCCCUGGGCCCGGAAUCACUCCCUGCAGCUGUCAGAGCACACCCUCUGUGCCUACCCCGGUGUCCUGCAUGCCCAGGCCCUGGGUGGCCUCCAGGAGGCCCAGCUGCGCUGCGAGGGGGCCCUGGAGCUGCACACACAUCACCUCAUCCCAUCCCUACGCCAAGUAGUGUUCCAGGGUGACCGGCUGCCCUUCCAGUGCUCUGCCAGCUACCUGGGUGAUGACACCCACAUCGACUGGUACCACAACCGGGCCCCCGUGGAGGGUGACGAGCAGGCGGGCAUCCUCCUGGCCAAGAGCCUCAUCCACGACUGCAGCUUCAUCACCAGCGAGCUGACCCUGUCUCACAUCGGCGUGUGGGCCUCGGGCGAGUGGGAGUGCUCCGUGUCCACGGUCCAGGGCAACGCCAGCAAGAAGGUGGAGAUCGUGGUGCUGGAGACCUCCGCCUCCUACUGCCCCGCAGAGCGUGUUGCCAACAACCGCGGGGACUUCAGGUGGCCUCGAACUCUGGCUGGCAUCACAGCCUACCAGUCUUGCCUACAGUAUCCCUUCACCUCUGUGCCCCUGAGCGGGGGUGCCCCUGGCACCCGAGCCUCUCGCCGGUGUGACCGAGCUGGACGCUGGGAGCCAGGGGACUAUUCCCACUGUCUGUACACCAACGACAUCACCCGGGUGCUGUACACCUUCGUGCUGAUGCCCAUCAACGCCUCCAACGCACUGACCCUGGCCCAUCAGCUGCGAGUGUACACGGCCGAGGCUGCCAGCUUCUCGGACAUGAUGGACGUAGUCUAUGUGGCUCAGAUGAUCCAGAAGUUUUUGGGUUAUGUCGACCAGAUCAAAGAGCUGGCGGAGGUGAUGGUGGACAUGGCCAGCAACCUGAUGCUGGUGGACGAGCACCUGCUGUGGCUGGCCCAGCGCGAGGACAAGGCCUGCAGCGGCAUCGUGGGCGCCCUGGAGCGCAUCGGGGGGGCCGCUCUCAGCCCCCACGCCCAGCACAUCUCUGUGAACUCGAGGAACGUGGCGUUGGAAGCCUACCUCAUCAAGCCCCACAGCUACGUGGGCCUGACCUGCACGGCCUUCCAGAGGAGGGAGGUGGCGGCGCCGGGCGCACGGCCAGCUGCCGGGCCCGGCAAGAGGCGCGGCGUGGCCAGCCCCGUCAUCUCCGCGGGAACCAGUGGCUGUGGUGCGGGAAACCUGACAGAGCCGGUGGCUGUCUCGCUGCGGCACUGGGCGGAGGGGGCUGAGCCUGUGGCAGCUUGGUGGAGCCAGGAGGGGCCUGGGGGCUGGAGCUCCGAGGGCUGCCAGCUCCGCUCCAGCCAGCCCAACGUCAGCUCCCUGCACUGCCAGCACUUGGGCAAUGUGGCCGUCCUCAUGGAGCUGAGUGCCUUCCCCAGGGAGGUGGGGGACGCAGGGGCGGGGCUGCACCCUGUCGUGUACCCCUGCACAGCCCUGCUCCUGCUCUGCCUCUUCACCACCAUCAUCACCUACAUCCUCAACCACAGCUCCAUCCACGUGUCCCAGAAGGGCUGGCACAUGCUGCUGAACCUAUGCUUCCACAUGGCCAUGACCUCCGCCGUCUUUGCAGGGGGCAUCACGCUCACCAACUAUCAGAUGGUCUGCCAGGCGGUGGGCAUCACCCUGCACUACUCUUCACUGUCCACACUGCUCUGGAUGGGUGUGAAGGCCCGAGUCCUCCACAAGGAGCUCACCUGGAAGGCGCCCCCUCCACAAGAAGGGGAUGCUGUCCCGCCUGCCCCCCGUCCCAUGCUCCGGUUCUAUCUGAUCGCUGGAGGGAUCCCACUCAUUAUCUGUGGCAUCACGGCUGCCGUCAACAUCCACAACUACCAGGACCACAGCCCCUACUGCUGGCUGGUGUGGCGUCCAAGCCUAGGAGCCUUCUACAUCCCAGUGGCAUUGAUUCUGCUGAUCACCUGGAUCUAUUUCCUGUGUGCAGGGCUGCACUUACGCGGCCCUCUGGCACGGAGCUCCAAAGCGGGCAACAGCAGGGUCUCCCUGGAGCCAGGGGAGGAGCUGAGGGGUUCCUCCAGGCUCAGGAGCGGCGGCCCCCUCCUGAGUGACUCAGGUUCCCUUCUGGCUACAGGGAGCUCAGGUGCGGUGCCGCCCGGGCCCCCGGAGGACGGUGACAGUCUCUAUUCCCCGGGAGUCCAGCUGGGGGCGCUGGUGACCACGCAUUUCCUGUACCUAGCCAUGUGGGCCUGCGGGGCUCUGGCCGUGUCCCAGCGCUGGCUGCCCCGGGUGGUGUGCAGCUGCCUGUACGGGGUGGCGGCCUCCGCCCUGGGCCUGUUCGUCUUCACCCACCACUGUGCCCGGCGCAGGGAUAGCAAGCGCCGCUCGUACCCGCUGCACAGCGCCAGCCUCAACGGCGGCCCCAAGGGCGGCAGGUGCGACGACGCCAGCGCCGAGGCGGCCGGGGGCGGCUGCAUGAGGACCGGCCUCUGGAAGAGCGAGACCACCGUCUAG